GAUACAUUGCUAAUAUCAUAACUCUCAUAAUAGGCAAUAUGUGCUUCUCCGACCCUGGUCAUCCCUGCUUAGUAAAACCAAGAAUUCUUCUUAGCGCCAACUGCAUUCUCUCUCGCGUCAUUUAUUGGACCGAUACUUAAUCACUAUUUGCCUGCAUAUCCACCGUGAAACAGCGCAAUGCGCUCUGCACCUUUCAGCCGUAUCUUAAUAUGAGCUUGUGACCUCCCUCAACUAGGCUAGCAUACCCUCUUUCUUGUAUCGAGAGUCAUUCAAAGCGCAUCGCCUCUCCACACAAAGGUUAGCAUCGCAGUAUAGCAGAACAUCCACCAGCGGCUCUUUGCAUCGAUAUGCCUGUUUACAUGCUCUACGGCUUCCGCUGGCCUCGUGCCGGCUUCACGGGCAUCCGCGUUUACAUCGUCCUGCACAACCUCGAGGAUGCCACGGCUGAAUAUAUCCAACAACCAGUUGCCACCGAGCUUCUCCUCGAGUCGUUCCAGAAAACAGAUUCCAGCAUUGUCGAGCGCUUACCGGACUUGCGCUUUAUCGAGCAAUAUGACCCGGAAGACACGAGUGACGCGGCUGUCAGCAAGCCCUUCGCCUACGUCGCAGCGAAGGUCAUUUCUAUCCCCGAAGCGGGAGUCCCUUGCUCCGAGACCAGCUGGACGCCUGAGGAUCUAUUCAACAAGUCGCCAUUGGAACCCGCCGCCGAAGAGGCAAUAACAGAGAUGCGCGACAAAUACGCUGCGGGAGAGCGGAUUGGUUGGUAUAUUAUCUACAACGGCGACCCGGAGAGAUGGUUCCCUCCUUCGGAUGACGAGGAGGAUAGUAUGGACGAUGAAGCGGGAUCCUAUGUGGAAGGUGAGGAGUACGAUAGUGAUCAGACGCCCCCAGCGACGCCUUCUUCAGCAACGGUGCGACUCCCUGAACGGUUGACAAGAUUCUUUGGCCGGAAGACGGCUUGAUGAUUGUACGGCAUGAGUGAUUUUAACGUCUUAUGGAUGAUGAUAUGCGAUCGACUUGAUUCAUCACGAAGCUGGCUUUGGGUGUAUUCGGAAGUCUCGGUUCGGAUAGCUCACUUAUUUUGAUUUAGCGCGAUGAAUCUCUAUUUUCGUUCAACAUC